AUGAACAGCAGCUGCAGCAGCGGUCACACCAGGGAGACGGUGAUGGAGGAUUCUCUGAUAGCCCAACAGAUCCAAUGCGAGGAAAUGAUCAGGAGUGAGCAGGAAAGAUGGAGGAUUGAAAACAGUGAUAAGAAAUUAGCAGAAUCAAUUCAACAAUUGGAAAGCAUUCGGGCCAUGCUGAAAAGAAAAGAAUAUAGAAAUAAGAAAAAGCUUGCAACCAUGUUCCUCUCAUCCAGCGGCAGCAACUGCAACAAUAACAAUAGCAGCAACAACAUUAACGACAGAAGCAACAACAGCAACAAUGAGGAUGACUUGUUGGCUGAGUUGAUGCAGGAGGUUGAAUGUUUGAAGCUUGAUAGGAAAAUUGUUAAGAAAAAGAUAAAUCAGCUAAUGAAUAGCAACACUAAAUGCAGCAGCGCAGAAGAUUACAUAUUAAAAAAAUAUUUGAAAAAUGAAUUAACUUCACUGAAUAUUGAGCACCAAGCUGAGGAACAGUUACCAAAUGUACAUAUCCAAAAAUAUUCAUACCAUGUGCCAAAUUCUGAAUGUGCAACUCGUCUCCCUAGACAAAUCAUGCAAAACCAGAAACCCACUACUUUGCUACAGCAGACCAGUCAACAACAACUCAUUUGUCAGCAGACUUUCCAUGAAAUUUUUCCAUCUCAACAGCAUCACCACCAACAACAACACCAACAAAACCAGCAACAACAACGUCAUUACCAUCAGCAAACACCAGGGCAGCAACAUUGGAAACAACAUCAAAUCUUACUUGAAGGAUCUCAACAACAUUCAAACUUGAAACCACCAAGCAGUUCAUUAGUGCAAACCAGCAACAACUUUUUAUUUCCUGUCAAUAAUCAUGAGGCUGAUCAACAUGUUCUUGGCAUUAAUGAGGGCAAAAGAUCAAACAUCCCUGGCGAAAAUGGCUUCAGAAAUAGUGACAUCACUAAUAGAAACAACAUAUCCAACAAUGCUAAAGACGACUACAUCACCUACAUCAACAAAGCCGACGACGGUCCACACAACAUUAAGAUUAAUGACAACCUUAACAUGAAUGCCAAUGCUGACAUCAUUUUUACAAAUCACAAUUUUCCAGAAGGUAACGAGAACCUGGGAAGAAGCAGUUCCAAUAUGAUUGAAAAUAAAAGCAACAGCAUUAUUGACAGAUCAUCAAAUAUUGCAUUUGAGGAAAGAAAUAAGAACAAUAUGGAUUUGAAAAACUGCACUUCAAAUGAUUUGAGUCUACCAAUUGAAGAAUUAUCACCUGAGACCCAUGGUAAAAGCCAACAAAUGCAUGCCGAUGGAACAACCUUUCCAGAUCAUUCCAUAUUGUCACACAACAUAUUUGCAGCUAUUGAUCCGACUUUCGUCAACAACAAAACAGACAACAGCAAAUCUAUUACUCCAUGUGACAACAACGUGAACAUCAUAAGACGCGGAAAGCUGUUGAUGCCCUGUGAGAACUACUGCAGACUGGAGGACAUCCAGGUGCGACCAACCACCAAGCAACAACAUCCACAACAACAACCACAACAAAACAAGAUGGACGGAGCAUUUUAUUUGGUUCAUGGACAGAAGAGAUCGAGUGUGCACACAAAGAGAGGUCGUAGCGUUGAUGAUCGUGUUGUUGUUGCUGAUGUUGAUCACCGCGUUGAUGUUGAUUUGUAUUCGGGGAACCAAAGACAGUGCAAACAGCAGUGA